AGCAUUAUUUUUCCGUUGGGCACCGAUACUUGUUCGUACCAAUUACGAAAGCCCAUUUUGUUCCAUCAGUCGUGCCAACAGUGCCCUUCCUCCUCCACACUGCAGCGCUCUCCACCGCUCCUCCGCUCCUCCCUCCGAUCCUCACCUGUAACUGUAGAAAAUGCCCAAGGUGAAGACUAACCGAGUGAAAUACCCAGAAGGUUGGGAACUGAUUGAGCCUACUCUUCGCGAGCUACAAGCUAAGAUGAGAGAAGCUGAGAAUGAUACUCAUGAUGGUAAGAGAAAAUGUGAGACCUUAUGGCCUAUUUUCAAAAUUGCACAUCAAAAGAGCCGCUAUAUUUUUGACCUUUACCAUCGAAGAAAGGAAAUUUCCAAGGAAUUAUAUGACUUCUGCCUGGACCAAGGCUAUGCUGACCGCAAUCUAAUUGCAAAAUGGAAAAAGCCUGGAUACGAACGCCUCUGUUGUUUAAGAUGCAUGCAGCCUCGGGAUCAUAACUUUGCCACCACAUGUGUUUGCCGAGUGCCCAAGCAUCUGAGGGAGGAGAAGGUUAUAGAGUGUGUGCAUUGUGGCUGUAAGGGCUGUGCCAGUGGAGAUUGAUUAGUGGUAUGUCGUUCAAAUUGCAAUACAAGUGAGAUGUUGAACCACAUUAUCCUUGGUAUUGUGGAUUGUUGGGAAUUUGUAACAUUUAGCUGAUCUUAAUUAAUCUAGGCGAUCCCUUUAUAAACGGUAAUACUAGUAUGUUGUCUCUGUAACUUUUCCUUAGGCCCAAUGUUUUACUUGUAAUUGAGUAAAGUUUGAAUUUUUUACGCUUCGUUA